UGCGCAUGCGCACGCAUCGCAGAACCGGAAGCAGUGGGGGGCCGAGCAUGGCGGCUGCGGCGACGGCUGAAAGUGUCCUGGCGAGUCAACGAGAGGAUCCAGUUAGAGACGAUGCCGCGGUGGAAACAGCUGAGGAAGCAAAGGAGCCCGCUGAGGCUGACAUCACUGAGCUCUGCCGGGACAUGUUCUCUAAAAUGGCAACUUACCUGACUGGGGAACUGACGGCUACCAGUGAAGAUUAUAAGCUCCUGGAAAAUAUGAAUAAGUUAACCAGCCUGAAGUAUCUUGAAAUGAAAGAUAUUGCUAUAAACAUUAGUAGAAACUUAAAGGACUUAAACCAGAAGUAUGCUGAACUACAGCCUUAUCUGGAUCAAAUCAAUGUUAUUGAGGAGCAAGUAGCAGCUCUUGAGCAGGCAGCCUACAAGUUGGAUGCAUAUUCAAAAAAACUGGAAGCCAAGUACAAGAAGCUGGAGAAGCGAUGAAAACUUGAUUCCUGUGGGACAAAGUCUUGUUUAAUGUGGAAGAAUGUUUUAUAAGACCUGAGUCUGAGGCAGAUGAGUUGUCAAAACUUCUUAAAAGGAAACCAUGUUGGCCAUCCCGGAAACAUCCUACCGUUGGAGUUAAACUGGAGAAUUGUGGCUACUCCUGAAUUUCUCUUGGGGCAGUAUCCCUCAGAAACUCACACUUAUAACCUCUUACCUUUUACUUGAAUGCUUAAUUAUCCAUUUAGGACACAGAGUCUCUCCAAGUUCAGGAUAAACCUGGGCUUUUCAGUCGAAAAUGAGAGGGCUUAUUUUCUCUACAUUAUUUUCUUAAGUGGCUGGAUUUUGAGUUACUGUGUAAAUGGUUGUUUUUUCUAUUGAUGCUAAUGUAUUGCUAACAAGAUUCUCAAAUAAAAAAGGAAAACAAAACAAAGUUCACUACAGUCUGUCA